CUGCUGUGGUGGUAUCAGAGAUGUUACCAAGCAAUGUUUGUAUUCGCAUACGGCACAUGGUUGAUUUGAUUGCUUGUGUCUCGUAGUUUGUGGAAUAUAUCUGUGUUUUAGAGAUGUGUAUGAAUUGUGUACGGAGAUAAUCCUUGUGUGCAUCAUGUCUGAUAUCGAGUCAGAAACUGAAAUAGACUACGACUCUGAUUCUCAGCUUCAGGAAGCCUUCGAGAAGGGCGUGUUGAAGCCUGGCCUGAAUGCUGUAGCAGAGGUAGAGAAGAAAACUUUUAAAAAUAAUGUGGCAGAUCUUAAAAAGUGCUUGUCAGGAUUUCGAUUGGGUCUUCCAUGGAUUGAACGGCUUGACCUUGUUACUGGUCAUGCCCCCCUCGCACCAGAGUUAGCAGCGAAGCUGGAAGAGACACAGACUGUGCGUGCAAACAAACUGAAAAACACUAAGAAGGGGACAAAGCCAUUAGACCCUGCAGAUGACCCAGUUGUGAAUGACUUCAAGCGCGAAAUGAAUUUUCAUAGACAGGCUCAAGCUGCAGUUAUAGAGGCUCUUCCUAGACUCAAAGACCUUGGUAUACCAGUGAAGAGACCUGAUGACUACUUUGCACAGAUGGCGAAAUCGGAUGAGCACAUGCAAAAGGUUCGGGAACAUCUUCAGAAAAAACAACAUGCUGCUGAACGCAGUGAGAAAGUUCGCCAAAUACGACAAAUGCGUAAAAUGCAGAAACAAAUUCAAGUGCAGAGUAAACUAAAGAGAGCCAGUGAAAAGAAAGAAAUGUUGGAGGAAGUAAAGAAAUUUCGCAAGAAGGUGCGGCAGGAUCUUGACUUUUUGGAUGACAAAAAGCCACAACAGAGAAAGUUGAAUGCUCAAGGGUCUAAGUUCGAUGGCAAAAAUAAAUGGGCACAAGCUAAGAAGAAAUACAAGGACAAGAAAUUUGGAUUUGGAGGGAAGAAAAGGGGCUCGAAGAUGAAUACAAAAGACAGUUUUGCUGACAUGUCAGAAUUCCGAAAAUCGAAGAAAAACAAAAUGAAAAAACAGUCAAGACCUGGGAAAAGUAAAAGGAUAAAACAGAAAGCUCGUAGAAAGAACUGAAAAUGCUGUUACAGCAACUGACUGCAAUUAAAUAUUAAGUUUUAUGUGGGUAUUUAAGCUGUGACUAGGACAGUUUGAUAAGUAAAGUGAUUAUUUACAUUAAAAA